GGUAAAACAGGCUUUUAUUGAACUGUGUGACAACAAACGACAUGAUCUAAAAUAGAGGGUUUUUUGAAUGGAGUUUGGUGAGCUGCGCUUUCGGAUAUGAACGUCAUGUGUGCGGCGACAGCUCGGUCCAGCUGUUGCACUUGCGCGAAUCGUUACCUUUAAGAUGCUCGAGGGAUAAAGCCUGGUUUGAUCUAAACUCGGCACCAUUUUGGCCCAGAGUUCGGCGGACACCGUCCGGACCGUUUGGCCGCGUGUAAUUCUGGCAAUCAACGGUAAUCUUUACGGCGACGUGGAGGAACCGACGGCCGCGCGGAUUCCGUAAACGUCGGGAUAAAAUUAUUUGUCGGCCUACGGAGAAGUGGCGGCACGGCACGAGGCGGGGUCCGCGCGGAGGGUGCGCGAGACAAACCCCUUCCCUUUAAAGCGGAACGGGACAGAGGGGGUGAAGAGAUAAAAAAAGAAAAGGAAGAAAGACAGAGUGGGAGGGAGGGCGACACGGAGAGGGAUUAAAAAAACAGAAAGAUGUCAUCCUCCAGACUGAAACACCGAGGCGGAGCCACGCACCGCGGCCGACCAGGAGCUCUCUAGAGAGGGGAGGAGCUGUACGCAACGCCGAGGCUUGAAUCCCGCCGCUGCGGCCUUUCCGUAACAACCGAAUAUUAAAAGAUUCGCGAAGAGCUGCCGAACAUGACUGGCACGUUCCGACUCGUCAUCCGCAUAGAAAACGUAUUUAUCUUGCAUGCAAUUCACUAAUUUUUAUUACAGUAAUCAUAAGCAAAUUAUAUUAAAAGUCACCGUGAAAGCCAGCAUGACACCAUCCAUUUUGUCGCAUUUACAAAAACACCAUGCCAGUGCCAUAUUAAGUCAUGACUCACAGCAGCUCUAAGAACUGCGUUAUUUGAGGCGAAUAUCGUCCGGUGUCAACAUAUUUUCCGGUAACUAGCCCGAGCAGUUAGAGAGGCGAUCCGGGCCUCGGACUGUUUUCCUUGCAGCUCUCGGAGCAUUUCUCUCCGGGCUCCGUUGCCCUCCUCCUCCUCCCUCCCCUCCUCGGUCCCAGGCGGGGUCGUUGUCAGCCCCUCAGCAUGGACACCUCCUGGAGUAAUUUCCUCUUUCAGACUGCUCCGACUCAGAGCCAAUCUGAGACGCCACUUCAGACCGAGCUGCUUCCCGAGUUGACCGGCUCGGCUCAGAGUCCUCCAGCUGAGCACGUUGUCACACCUCCGUCCACCGUCGACACUGCCGCUCUAAAUGAGGAGCCGCUUCCUGUUAAGCCGCUUACCAAACCGAACCGACCGGCCCACAUCUGUGCCACCUGCAAUAAGGAAUUCAAGAACAGCUACAACCUGCGGCGGCACCAGUCCGUCCACACAGGCAUCAAGAUGAAGAACCGAGCGGCGACAGAAAAGGAGGAUGGAGGGAAGGGAGGACGGCUGGAGAAGCAGAGUAUCCCUCUGUCCCUCCUCCAGCUCACUCUACCUCCACAGCCUCUGCCCACUGCCAUACCAGACACCCUCGCCCAACCUGUCCAGCUCACCAACCAGGAAGGCCAGCCAGUUACUGUGUCCAUCGCCCCAGCGACCGUAACAAUGGCUGCACAGCCCCAGCCCAUUCAGGCAGCUGUUGUGGUAGUCGGUUCUGUGGAGCAGGUGGGUUUGGACGAGGGGAGCCUGGGAUUUCCUGGCAAUGACAUCAGCAUGAAUCCCAAUCCCAUUCCCAUCACCAACCAGGUGAGGAAAAACCACGCCUGCGAGGCCUGUGGUAAAGCCUUCAGAGACGUCUAUCACCUCAACCGCCAUCGACUGUCCCACUCGGACGAGAAGCCCUACUCCUGUCCCAUCUGCCAGCAGCGCUUCAAGAGGAAAGACAGGAUGAGUUAUCAUGUUCGCUCACACCAAGGUGGCGUGGAGAAACCCUACAUCUGUUCACACUGCGCCAAGGCCUUCUCCAGGCCGGAUCACCUGAACAGUCAUGUCCGACAGGUGCACUCCACAGAGAGACCGUUCAAGUGCACGACAUGCACAUCAGCGUUUGCCACACGGGACCGUCUUCGUGCUCACCUUAUCCGUCACGAGGAGAAGGUGCCGUGUCACAUCUGUGGGAAGCUGUUGUCUGCAGCAUACAUCACCGACCACAUGAGGGUCCACAACCAGUCCCAGCACCACGCCUGCCAUCUCUGCAACCGCAGUUUCACCACCCUCACCUACCUGCGCGUUCACGCUCAGAAGCACCACGGUCAGGAGUGGAAGGAGAGCGGCGGGGCACGGGGGGGCUUCGGUGGGACAGGGGCUGGUGGCGUGCUGCUCUGUCAGCUCUGUGGCGUCCAGUGCAAGACAGCCACACAGCUCCAGGGUCACAUGGGCACCCACGCCCAGCAGGGUGACCCCACCCCUGAUCAGACAAGUGCUGGACCUGUUGGCACAACCAGCGUGGCCAUCACCGUGUCUAGCCCGAGCACAGUGGGACUGCUGGUUACUGACUGCUCCAGUAUCGCCCCCCAGGCCCACAGCUAGCAUGCUGACAGGGUGGUAGGGAGGGGGUGGGAUGGGUGGGGUAGGGUGGAUUAGGGGAGGAAUCGGUGAGCAGGAGGACCGAAGACGGCGCAGUUGGGACAGGUGUGUUUAAAAAAAAAAGUUUUAAUGUCAGUCGAUCAUCCUUACCUGGAUUUAUUCAUGAGUUAAAACUAUCAGCAGAUAUGAUAACGAGACAUUUCAUAAUCAAAAACUUUCAUUUUAUAAAAUUUUCUUUUUACCCUAACUUGUGGAAAACCCGGAAGCUUUCAAGAACCCAACUUUCCUAAAUCCGAACAGAAUUUAAUCUAAUUACAGCUUAAUUUCAGAAGCUUGGUAUGUUUUUAUUAGCUACUGACCAGCCUCACCUGUUUGAGCCCAGAUCUUCUUACAACACUGUUGCGUAUUUUAGCCUAAUUUAAGUUUGUUUUUUUAAAUACAUUUUUCACAUUUUAGAGGUUCCUGUUUGUAGUUAAAGCACUAAUGCGACAAUAGUAUUAGAAAAACUACGUUUAAAAACUUUCUGUUUUCCAGAUAUUUUUUCCAAAUGAGAACUCGGAUCAGGGAGGAAGGUUGAUCGCUUCAUGAAGACCGAGCUCUCUCUGAACUUUUCUGUCAUUGUUUUGCUGGGAAAGGAGCACUGAAAAACUGGUCUGCCUACUAUUCUGAGAGACUUACAGACUGAUGAGACAGGAGAGCGGACAAUAAGGAAACAUAUUUGUCGUUUAACAAAUUACAAAUCUAGUAUUUUUAUGGCUUUGAAAUUAGCUGCCUUCAUUUCAUUGUUUCAAUUUUCAUCUAACCUGCACAACCUCUUGUGGUUUUAUAAAUCCCUCACUGUUUUUAAACCAUUUAUAUUCCAUGAAACCAUUGUUUGUUUGUACUAAGGAAAUAAUUCUGAUUUAUUCUUUGAAUUUAUGGCAAACUGAUCUCCAAUUUGCCUGUUGUCAGAUCUUUCGGAGCAGGAAAGCCUCCCAGGAUGUGGGAGCAGGUUACUGAUGGGCCUGCGUGUAUAUACACACUUUUAUACAUCUGACAAAGACAAACUAUUAUUGUUUGUGUAUAUUCUUCCUGAACAUCGAAUGUGCAUAACUUCUCUGCUUCAGUGAUUUUUGUUCUUACUCUAAAUGCUGAUUUGUAAGUCUUUAAAUGAUUGAUUACCAUGUAAUUUGUUGCUACCUUGGUGAUUCAUUUUCUGUGGCUGUGCAUAUUGAUUGUAACUGAUGCAUAGUGCAUAGCGCCUCGUUAAAGUUACUGUAUUAAAAAACAGUAAAAUGCA